UCGCCCUAGUGGCCAAUCAAAAGGUUGUUAGAGACUGGCCGUGUUUCGGGGUGGUGUUGGGUGGCUCAUUUCUUCCGAGGGGGGGAUACACAGUGUUAUUAUUCAAGAUGCAGUUCAUGCUUCUUUUCAGUCGACAAGGCAAGCUUAGGCUCCAAAAAUGGUACGUGCCUUUGUCUGAUAAAGAGAAAAAGAAGAUCACCAGAGAGUUGGUACAGACAGUCCUGGCACGGAAGCCUAAAAUGUGCAGCUUUCUGGAGUGGAGAGACCUUAAAAUUGUGUACAAGAGAUAUGCCAGCCUGUAUUUCUGCUGUGCCAUUGAGGACCAGGACAACGAGCUCAUCACGCUGGAGAUCAUCCACAGAUAUGUGGAGCUGUUGGAUAAAUACUUUGGCAGUGUUUGUGAACUGGACAUUAUUUUUAACUUUGAGAAGGCCUACUUCAUCCUGGACGAAUUCCUGCUGGGCGGAGAAGCUCAAGAGACGUCUAAAAAGAAUGUGCUGAAGGCCAUCGAGCAGGCUGACCUGCUACAAGAGGAAGCAGAGACCCCGCGCAGCGUGCUGGAGGAAAUCGGACUGACAUAAACACCAUCUUCAUCGCCAUCCACACUCCUCCAUCUGCCAGCUACUCUGCUGUAUGUAGCUGAUAACAGUUCACCUUUCAACACACACACACCAAUAUAAUUUUCCUGUGCAUCUGUGUAACACGACUCUGCCUUGUUUUCUACUGUUUUUAAAGACAAAUGAUGUAGCACUCUGCGUGUAUCUCCUGCUGAGUUAUUGAUUUGUUUCAGUGUGAUGACAUUAACUGUUUACCGAGACACAAAUCCAGCUUAAUUAAGGUUCAUGCUGCUUUCAAAUCCACACCAGGACGCUGUGCUGAGUGAAUUCCUGCUUGACUUUUUUUUUUUUGGACGCUGAUGUGAUCUCUUUAUUCAGUGUGAGGUGUUAGCAGUGUUCUGAAUUUAAAAUAUGUUUGUUAAACCCAAAGAAGUGGCUGUAAUACAAAGGCAAGUAUUACAUUAACAGAGCCAAAAAGUUUUGUUUUCUCUCAUAUCUGCAUUGUGAUAAUCCUGAACUCAGUAUAUCCUACAGCCAGUAUAUUUAUUUUUUAAUGAAUGAGACUUAUUUGAAUGGGCCAACCCACUUUGAUCUCAUGCGGGCCACACUAGUAUGCCCACGGCAUUAAAAAUCCUUUUUUGUUCUCAUUUGUGCUCAAAUUAAACUAAAACCUUCACCACCAAGGGCAGCAGUUUCAGAUGUGCGCCGCUGAUUCGUUAACCUUAAAUAUUUCUUGGGCCUGUACUGGACCCCAGGCCGCAUGUUUGACACCCCUGCUUUUUUGCAUUUUAAACUGAAAUUACUGUGAAAUAAUUUGAAAAUUAAGAAUUUUCUCUCAGUUUACCAGCAACCCUCGCUCCUAUAUUUGGUUUCUAAAUGACGUUCCAAUUAAUGCUGAAUGCCUUAAUCGCUUACUGAUGUUACUAUUGCAUAACAGAUAUAUUUCCAUGUCACUGGAACUGAAUUUAUUUUAUUAUUUUUUUAUUAAUGUUUACAGUUUUUUCUUGAUGUUUACUACUGUGAUUGUUUUGUUUUAUUUCAAUGAAAACAUGUCACUGAAUCUGUAGGUAACAUUUUAUAAUAACCAUCAUAUGCACACCGUAAUUGGUACCUGAACAUUGAUAGUGAUUUAAUGUUAACAAACAGUGAAAUGAUAAUUAAGGAUGUGGUUAAUGGUCGGAUGUUAUCAAUUUUAGACCACACAGUCAGAGCCCACAGCUUAAUUAACUAUCAAUGUAGCAUUUAGUAGCAAUGGCUAAUAUAAAGUGUUACCAAACAUUCAACAACAGCUUUUGUACAGCCACAGUACAGAUGAGGUGACAUUGAGUUUCCAGAAGGUUUACGAACCAGGAUAUGAACUCAUUCAGCUCUUUCUUACUUUACUGGCUAGUCACAGAUUUUCUCGUGAUGUGGUUUCAUGUAUAAGUGAUAGUGUGUGGUUUACCAUAUAUAUGCCGUGUGACUUACAGUGAAUAGAAGCUAUUCCAGACGGUGUAUAAAGUGAAGCAGCUUCAGCAUGAGAGCAGAUUGUGUGUGAUAUUACCGGACAUGUGUUUACAUUAUUAUUGUCUAAAAUAGACAAAAGAGGAAAGUUGUGUUUAUUAGUUGAAGUAAAUCUUUUAAGUUGAAGAUUAAGAGAUUUACUUUCUUAAUCAGUCAAUCACAAACUUUAUGUUAUUGUUGCAACAGGGUGCACAGAGGAUUAAUGGGAGCUUGUGUGGAACAGCUGAAGGGACCAAAAUAAAAUUGAUAUAAAGAGGCUCAGAUUUUGGGUUUGUUAGCGAGAUCCGUCCCAUUCACAUUAAAAGUAUUCUUCUCAUUUCCAGAUAGAACAUGAUGAUUAACACAGCUUUAAGUUCACACUCAGGAUAACUGGCUUUGGUGUUAUUUGAUGGAUGUAAUCAGGACAUAAGCUUAAAAUCACUGACUCUGUCUCCAGUCUGUAGUAAAUAGUAGUUACUACAGUGUUCCCCGUCUACUCAACUUACAGAGAACUUCACACCUGCUCACCUCAUCAGAUCAUAACGCCACGUCAUUUAUAUACAGUUUAUAUACAGUCAGCUAAACAUACACAUUUAUGAUCAGUUUGCAUGGUCUCAUGUUCCCAAUCCAAUAAACAUCUUUUUUUCAUAAUGUCACUGAAUAUAAACAUAGUUGUAUAAUAUAAUUAUUAGUAUAAUGCUGACUGCCUGAUUACAUCUCUGCAGUUUUCAUGAACUCAUUCAGAAACAUUUUAAGCUGAAGUCGUCACUGCGUCCAGCAGAGGUUGAAACAGAGUAGUUAUUUGGCUUCAUGUUGGUGUUUACCUGUUUCGUGUUCUGAAAGUCGUUCUUUGAGUGCAGGUAAGCAUAUACUGUAGAUUACUGAUGUUGUGUUGCAUAUACUUCUUUUAAAAAAAUGUAAUAUUUGUCAGCUUUUGUCAGCACCAGUCCAGUGCUUGUGAAGAGCAUUGUACUUAGAAAACUUGAACGUUAGAGCUUGUAAAGACACCUCCAUCACUCCUGUGUUAGAUUUUUGUGAAGUGCAUCCAACAGGGGGUCUAGUGACAUUGUGCUCCACCCAUCUACACCCUGAGCUGAGGUCUCAUCAGGACUACUCUGCUAAAACCGUUUCACUGUCUUUUGAGUAUAAACAACUCUUCGGCCUGUGACAGCCACACACUGUACAGCAUGUAAACUACCUAUUUACUGUGACACUGCUUAAGUGACCAUGCAUUAAAUAGCAAUAGUGUCGUAAAUGCACUGAAAAGAAUUUACAGCCGCUUGGAUGAAAAAACAAAUGUUUAACACAUUUAAAGUGGACCUGUUCUGCUGAUUUCCCUUCUCUUUGACUCUGUUAGUGUCGCUUUGCAUGAUUCGCAGUUGAAAAAAUAAUCUGGGCCUACAUGCAACUCAGUUCAUCUCCUGAAGCUAGCCAAGCUGCUCCUGAUUGGCUGCCCCUCGUAAACUUGUUUUACAGCAGGUGGGCGUGUCUAUUAGGGAUAUCCAAAAAAUAGCAAAAAAUAAGAAAAACUGCCUGAAACUAAAUUUUUGGCUCAAAGAAAUGACUUUUACGUACAUCCACCAUCAUAACAGUAUAAGACAAAAAAUAAGGAAAAGCAUAAUAGGUCCACUUUUAGAUACACUGUAAAUGCCUUGGGCACAGGACUGUACAAAUAUCAUAAAGUGGUGUCUAUUUUCUGCUCUGUGCAGGUUUGUUUUAAUCCAAACGUCACAGCCCGUUUACACUUUGAACUACUCUUAAGCCUCUGGCUGUUUUCUAUAACCUCACAUGAGCAUUUUUCAUGUACAACUGAUAGUGUGUGGUUUACAGUAUAUCGGCAGUGUCACUUAUGGAGAACAGAUGUUAUUCCAUACUGUGUAUAAAGUGAAUUAUACAGCAGCUUCAGCGUGAGUGCCGAGCAGCCUGUGUGUGAUGUGUUUACAGCUAUUAUUGUCUGAAAUGGACAAAAAAAAAAAGAAAGAGGAAGGUAAUGUUUUGUUGUCAGGUUCAGCAAUAAAGAGAGAGUGUCACAAACA